GCGUGGCUCUGUGGCUCUGUGGCUCUGUGGCUCGUGGAUCUGUGGCUCGUGGCUCUGUGGCGCGUGGAUCUGUAAGAAUAAAAAGUUUGUGUUGUUGUGUGACGCGGACGAACCCUGCGGCUCUGCGUCAGGAACAAACCUGUGACUCUGUGGAUGUUUGUGAUUCCAGACCGUCUCUUCUCCUGCAGAGCUCCGAGAUCCAGCGACAGAAUGGCCUUCACAUGUGACCAGUGUGGAAAGGUGUGGGCAUGUGCGUCCCAACUGAAAAUACACUACAGAAGUCACACAGGAGAGAAACCGUACGAGUGUGAUGUGUGUGAAAAGACAUUUUCACAAUCAAGCCACCUAACGUCACAUAUGAGAAUCCACACAGGUGAAAAACUGUACAGAUGUGAUGUGUGUGAAAAGACAUUUUCACAAUCAAGCCACCUAACGUCACAUAUGAGAAUCCACACAGGUGAAAAACCUUACGAGUGUGACCAGUGUGGGAUGGAAUUUAGACAGUCUGGUGCCCUCCAUCAACAUAUGAGAAUCCACACAGGUGAAAAACCGUACAGAUGUGAACAGUGUGGGAUGGAAUUUAGACAGUCUAGUGCCCUCCAUCAACAUGUGAGAGUCCACACAGGAGAGAAACCGUACAGAUGUGAUGUGUGUGAAAAGACAUUUUCACUAUCAAGCCACCUAACGUCACAUAUGAGAAUCCACACAGGAGAGAAACCGUACAGAUGUGAUGUGUGUGAAAAGACAUUUUCAACGUCAAGCAACCUAACGUCACAUAUGAGAAUCCACACAGGUGAAAAACCGUACGAGUGUGACCAGUGUGGGAAGGGAUUUCGAGAGUCUGGUGCCCUCCAUCUACAUAUGAGAAUCCACACAGGUGAAAAACCGUACGAGUGUGACCAGUGUGGGAAGGGAUUUCGAGAGUCUGGUGCCCUCCAUCAACAUGUGAGAGUCCACACAGGAGAGAAACCGUACAGAUGUGAUGUGUGUGAAAAGACAUUUUCAACGUCAAGCAGCCUAACGUCACAUAUGAGAAUCCACACAGAAGAGAAACCGUAUGAGUGUGACCAGUGUGGGAUGGAAUUUAGACAGUCUGGUGCCCUCCAUCAACAUAUGAGAGUCCACACAGGAGAGAAACCGUACAGAUGUGAUGUGUGUGAAAAGACAUUUUCACAAUCAAACCACCUAACGUCACAUAUGAGAAUCCACACAGGUGAAAAACCAUAUGAGUGUGACCAGUGUGGGAAAACUUUCUCUGUAUCAUACAAUCUCAGUAAACACAUGAGAAUUCACUUCUUGCACAGACGAUAUGAGUGUGACCAGUGUGAAAAGUUCUUCAGAACAUCGAAGGAGCUCUCCAGUCACUACCGAAAGCACACAGGAGACGACUCAGACCGUGAAGAGAGAGGGAAGGCUUCCGGGUCUGUGGGGAAGCGUCUGAAACGUGUCCAAAUGUUCCAGACUGAAGAGAAAAGCUGCAGCUCUGACCAGCGUGGAAGGACUCGGAGGAAACCCGCUCGUCUGAAGCUCCACCCUCUGGAACACAGUAAAGGAGAAAGAGCUGCCGAGGCCGCGUCAUGUGAGCCUAAAGUCAGACUCAAAAAGCUGGAGAUCAGGCUUCAGAGACUCCGGACUGUGGACUCGAGCUCUGCCUAGUGUCAAAUAUAAAACCUUAAAAUGAUGUACAGUUUUUGUUUUGUUUUGUUUUUUUAGUGUGAUGUAGGUGGACCAUGAGCGGGUUGGGGUUCAGUGAGUAAGGUUUUAAAAACACAGAUAAAAACGUGAAGCGGUGGUCCACAGUUUACUUUUAGUUUUUUUUAUUUUUCAAUCAUUAUAAAAAAGUGCAGGGUGUAAAAUAGAGGCAGGCAGCGGUUUCCUCUCCAGCAGCAGAAGCCCAGAAUAAUCCAUGUGUCCUUCGUUCAUUGGUUUUUCAAAAUAAAACCAAAAAUAAGAAAACGAAAAAACUGUAGUUUUCUUCAUUAUUUGUCUCCAAACCCAAAAUGAAAAAACAGAUAAUGAUUCAUUUUUUUCAGUUUUUGUUUUUGUUUUUAAAUGAAAAAUGGAAAAAAAUGGAAAAUGGACUGAACCAGGACUGAACCAGGACUACACCAGGACUAAACCAGGACUAAACCAGGACUGAACCAGGACUGAACCAGGACUGAACCAGGACUAAACCAGGACUAAACCAGGACUAAAACAAGUCUAAACCAGGACUGAACCAGGACUGAACCAGGAGUAAACCAGGACUGAACCAGGACUGAACCAGGACUAAACCAGGACUAAACCAGGACUGAACCAGGACUACACCAGGACUACACCAGGACUGAACCAGGACUGAACCAGGACUGAACCAGGACUAAACCAGGACUAAACCAGGACUGAACCAGGUCUAAACCGGGACUGAACCAGGACUAAACCAGAACUAAAACAAGUCUAAACCAGGACUGAACCAGGACUAAACCAGGUCUAAAGGACUGAACCAGGACUAAAACAGGACUGAACCAGGUCUAAACCAGGACUAAAACAGGACUGAACCAGGUCUAAACCAGGUCUGAACCAGGACUAAACCAGGUCUAAACCAGGUAUAAAGGACUAAACCAGGACUAAACCAGGACUAAAUCAGGACUAAACCAGGUCUAAACCAGGACUAAAGGACUAAACCAGGACUAAACCAGGACUAAACCAGGACUAAACCAGGACUAAACCAGGACUAAAGGACUAAACCAGGUCUAAACCAGGACUAAACCAGGACUAAACCAGGACUAAACCAGGACUAAACCAGGUCUAAACCAGGACUAAAGGACUAAACCAGGUCUAAACCAGGUCUAAACCAGGACUAAACCAGGACUAAACCAGGACUAAACCAGGACUGCUGAGUGUGACUAAACGUGAGGUGCGCCUGUGUAGACUGUCGGGUGAUCAGGACUGAGACUGGUCUAGUCCUGGUUCAGUCCGUAUGCGGCGCAAAAGUUCGGCAUCGUAGUUUAAGUCACGUAAACGGGAAACAGUCGCAGUCGUUUUCCGUUUUUUCCAUUUUUCAUUUAAACACCAAAAUCAAAAACUGAAAAAAAGAAUCAUUCAUCUGUUUUUUCAUUUUGGUUUUGGAGACAAAUAAUGAAGAAAAUCGUUGCAGAUCAGACUUCAGAGACUCCGGACUGUGGACUCGAGCUCUGCCUAGUGUCAAAUAUAAAAGUGUAAAAUGAUGUACAGAUUUUUUUUUAUUAUUAGAAAGAGGUUUUAGCUGAAGUUUGUCCAUCUUAUUCUUCAUUGUCUUGUUUUUCUCGUGGAGCUUUUAGUUCUUCUUCACUGCACUUUCCUAAUCAGAGACAAACCUGCAACUGCAUUUUGUCUUUUUAUUCUGUUUUGACUCUUGUUUGCCGCCCACAGAUGUUUAUUCUUUUGUUUUAUUGUGAUGAAAAACUGAAGUCAAAUGUUAGAAUUAGAAAAUAAAAUCUGUUUUUUGGACCGUU